UCAUCAAUAACCUAGCUCAUCUCUUUCUCUCUCGAACCUCUUCAAGUUCAUUUUAGGGUUUCAAGAUUCCAAUCUUCGAUUGUUAAACCCUAACAACUUCCAAAACUUGAAUCUUACAGCAACUAAUUGAAUUACUGCUCAAUAAUUACGAUUAAUCGACUGUGAUUUCUUGUUUAAUUGUUAUUCAAUGCUGUUCGUGUUCUUUAGAGUAUUUAUUUUUAGUAUUUUUAGAUUUUUUUUUCAUUAACAACACAAUUAACUCCUAUUUUGAUUGAAAUUGAGAAGAUGGUAACAUUAACUGACUCCUUAACAUAUUGAAAACACUUUGAUGCUCCGUUCGAGCUAUCUAAUUGGAGUAACUCAUGUUGCGGUUGUGAUGUGUGGUGUGGGUUGAGACUGCUUUUACUUGAUGUGAGGACGAGCUUAGGAAGUACUAACUGACUAAAGUAAGGAAGAUGGAAAUGGGAUGCGAGUCCAUAGUCUCGUAUGGCUGUAUAGAUUAGUUGUUGUGUGCUUGUUUUUUAAACUUUUAACGAGAUAGGCCAGAUUGUUUUCUGAAUUACUUACUUGAUGAAUUGUUGAGUCGGUGAAUUUAACCUGAGAACAGAAAAGUCUUACAAAGUGAUGUGAAAGCCAGAUGCCCCCUAGCCUCUACCCGAGGGCGACUUGAAAAGGGAUGACAAGCGCUUGGACAAAUUUGAGCUUUGCAAUCAUGCAUAGGGAUAUAGAGAGGGAGUGGGAAAAUCAGGGUGGAGUGGACUUAUGAGUAUUAUUUUUUAUAACUGGAGAUUGUUACUCACACUCAGAAGAGCUAUACAUCUGCAAAAUAUUGUGGAAUGAUGAGGAGACCAAAUAUAUAUUUCCAAUUUAUUAUAGCUUUGGAACUUCUUGGAGAAAAUGAGCGAUGGAGCUUGUGGAGCAUGGUUCACAUGGAGGAUUGCUCUCUUGUGAAGGCUUUGCUAUAUUCUUCCGAUACAAAAAAUGAGUGGUCGUUUUUCUCGUACAAUCUACGUUGGCAACUUACCUGCAGAUAUAAGAGAAUCGAAAGUUGAAGAUCUGUUUUACAAGUAUGGCCGUAUCCUGGAUGUUGAAUUGAAGAUUCCACCUCGGCCCCCUUGUUAUUGUUUUGUCGAGUUUGAAAAUGCUCGGGAUGCUGAAGAUGCAAUAAGGGGCCGUGAUGGCUAUAACUUUGACGGUUCUCGUUUAAGGGUUGAGCUUGCCCAUGGUGGUAGAGGACCAUCGUCAAAUGAUCGUCGUGGUGGGUAUGGUGGUGGUGGUGGAGGUGGAGGAGGAGGAGGAGGUGGAGGUGGGGGUCGACUUGGCAUCUCACGCCAUUCUGAAUUUCGAGUUAUUGUUCGUGGUCUUCCUUCGUCUGCUUCCUGGCAAGAUUUGAAGGAUCAUAUGCGGAAAGCAGGAGAUGUGUGUUUUGCUGAAGUUACCCGUGAUGGUGAUGGAACUUUAGGCCUUGUUGAUUAUACAAAUCAUGAAGACAUGAAAUAUGCCAUUCGGAAACUUGAUGAUACUGAGUUUAAAAAUCCCUGGGCCAGAGCUUAUAUUCGGGUGAAGCAAUAUGAGGGCUCUCCAUCAAGGAGCCGGAGCCGUGGUCGGAGCAGGAGCAGGAGCAGGAGCAGAAGCAGAAGCAGGAGCCGAAGUCCGAGGAGGAACCGGAGCAAAUCAUUGGAACGAUCUGUUUCAAGGUCGAGGUCAAGGUCAAGGUCAAGGUCAAAAACUAGAUCUGCUUCACCUCUCAAAGCAUCCAGACCAAAAUCAAGGUCCAGGUCGAGGUCUGAAUCUCCCACCAAGGCACGGUCAGGCAGUGCCUGAGCGCUUUAAACUCCUUAUCCAAUCAGACUGUUACCUGAAACUUCUUCGAUGUAGAGAACUCUGAGGCCUGCCUGCAAGAAUAUCGAGGGGCCAGCAGUUCUAAAUAUCAAGUCAGACUGUUACUUGAAAUGCUAUGAUGAAGACAUGAACUAGUAGUGUAAGGCUUGGUGGUUUCUUGUCAUUUUGGAUUGCGGAUUUUUACCUUAAGCUUGAACCGAGUAUUUGUUUAUGUUGGCACUUUUGUGUUGAAUCUGGCUACUUCCCUUCCAUCAAUUUAAAUCAGUGAACAUUCAAGUGUGUUAUA